UCCAAUUCCAAAGUCACUCACAUUUUACGUCUCUUCUUCUUCCCACUCAAUCUCUCAUUUCUCGCCUCUUGCAAAAAAAACCCUAGAUCUAACAUUUUUCACUCAAUCAAUGGCUUCCGACGAAUCUACUAGUAGUGGGGAACCUAACCCAUCCGACGACGGGUGGGUUAACCCCUGACGCCCCCUCACUCGCCAUAUUUUGUCAUAUGUACCUGGAUGCUAUAAGUCCGCUGUCGGAGGCGGUGGUGAUGGAGAAUCUCUCACCGUGAUGCAAGGAAAAAGGAAAGCAAGAAGUUUCUCACCCUCCCCCUCCAGCCCCCUCAUUGUGCCGAUCGAAUAUUCCGAUGGAGAAGCUUCAUGUCCUGAUGCGACACCCGCCGCAAAGAAGCUAAGGAGCGAUGGGCUCUCCGGUUGCGUUACACUACAAGAUCUCAAAGAUCGGUUCCAACUAGUAUUAGACCGGGAUGCUGCCGCUGCCGAAGCAGACACCGAAUCUGAUGUAUAUGCACCUUUAUAUUUUCCUUGGAAGAUGACUAGUGAAAGUUGGGAGGCUUGCAAGGCAGAGGCUGUACGACAGAGGAAGGAUGAAGGGUUUUUUGGUUUCAACAGCCCUGAUGAUGAUGAGUUAAUUCCUCUAAGGAGAUUGAGAAAGUGUAAUAUUGGUAGAAGCUGAUAUGUUAAACUUCUCCCGAGCUUCCUUCAUCGUGCCUCGUGGUGGUUUACCGUUUACGCAUCUUUCUAUGAUGAACUGCACAACCUUUUGUUGAUGCCCUGACGAAAAGUUUAUGGACGGCUGUAUUUUGAGUUUUUGUGUUGUAAAUGUAAAAUCAAGUCAGUCAAUGUAUAUAUAGUGAACUAAAUGGCGCUACUUUUUGGUGAAUUUGAAUGAAAAUUUUGAAUGGCAGCUCGAGAAGUGUGGCGCCAACUUUUAAUGUGAA